UCAGGAUCAAUUGAUAAAAAAAUUGAAGUAUAUAAAAACUAUUGGUUUUCAAGAAUGAGAAAAUAUUAAAGUGUUAACGAGGACAAUAAGUUUCCUAGUAAUUAAAACUAAUUGUAAGUCAAAAUGAAAUCAAUAUUGUUGUUUGUUGCUUGUGUUUCUGUUGUUAUUUCAUCAACAGUCUCAGUUAAAAUCACUGGUACUUGUCCAACACCAACCAAACCACCAGGAAUUGACUAUUGGUAUUUCAGUUAUUUCACUGGAAUCAAAGGAUGGUAUGAAGUUGGACACAGCGAUGAAACUGUCCCAAGAACCGUUUAUAAUACUAUUGAGUUCGGUCAUCUUUACCCUGGAAAAGUUUACAUGUUGAGAAAAGGAGCAACUAGAGAUAUAGAAAUCACAUCUGUUUUUGAUGAAAAAGUUGAUUAUGUUGUCGGUGAUUUCGAUGGCAAAUCUUAUUAUGACAUUAGUGAAGAUGACAGGCCAGUAUCAUUCAAAUACACCAACGAAGAUGGUAAACGAGUAACUGUUUCGAUGCCUUACUACAAUGAAUUCACUGCAAUGAUUUCAACCUGUUCUGACAAUGGCGAUGGAACCGUUGACCUUAAAGCCUGGUACUUCUCACGAGCUAGAUCAACUUCAAUCCCAGAUGAAGUACAAAAAGUUGCUAAAUCUUUGAUUGGUAAAAAUUUGUCUAUAACCUGUCAAGGUGAUUUCUGUUAAACAAUCAAUUAAAAUAUAAAUUAAAGAUCUUAUUUAAAGUAUCAAAUCAAAA